AUGGAUCAGGAAAAAAGGACGAAGGUCGAUGGACUGGUGAAAAAGGACGAAGGGCCGAUGGACGAGACAAAGGACGAAGGGUCGAUGGACGAGAAAGGACGAAGGUCGAUGGACGAGAAAAGGACGAAGGGUCGAUGGACGAGAAAAGGACGAAGGGUCGAUGGACGGCGAGCCAGACAUAGAAGGGUCGAUGGACGAGAAAAAGGACGAAGGGUCGAUGGACGAGACAAAGGACGAAGGGUCGAUGGACGAGACAAAGGAAGAAGGGUCGAAGGAACGAGAAAAAAGGACGAAGGGUCGAUGGACGAGACAAAGGAAGAAGGGCCGAUGGACGAGACAAAGGACGAAGGGUCGAUGGACGAGACAAAGGACGAAAGGGUCGAUGGACGAGAAAAAGUGACGAAGGGUCGAUGGACGAGACAAAGGAAGAAGGGUCGAUGGAUGAGAAAGGACGAAGGUCGAUGGACGAGAAAAAGGAUGAAGGGUCGAUGA